AUGGUCCACCCCACUACUACCUGCUGCAAGACCACUCAGGAUGGCACCUGCGUCUGCGCCGCUCAGGCCAAGUGCUCCUGUGGCGAGCAGAGCGCUUUGAACUGCAGCUGUAACAAGGCUUCCUCUGAGAACACUGUCUCCGGUCCCCGCUGCUCAUGCCGCGCCCGUCCUGCCGGUCAGUGCACUUGUGAGCGCUCAACCAGCGAGAACCAGGCUGUUACCGGUGCCGCUUGCCCCUGUGGCAGCCGACCCGAGGCCUCCUGCACCUGCGAGAAGGCCGCUGGUGUCGACUCUGCUCUUGAGGUCGACUUCACUACCACUGCUUAA